CUUUUCCUCGUUUUUAACCUAAAACUCUCUCUCUGCCAACACUUUUCUCUCUCUAGAACCUCCGAUCCCCCCAUGGCGUACACACCUCAGUCCCCGAAUCGCAGCCGCAAGGACGACGAAACCACCUCAAAUCGCCGACUUUACAACCCCUACCAGGAUUUGCACCACCCGGCGCAAACCCUAUACCACCUCCCCACGCAGCCGGAAUUCCUCUUCCAGGAAGAAGCCUUGGCGCAGCGCCGCUCCUGGGGGGAGAACAUCACCUACUACACCGGAAUCGGCUACCUCCUCGGGGCCACGGCCGGCGCCGCCCAGGGAUUCGGCUCCGCGGUCAAGGCGAUCGAGCCCACCGAUACCCUCAAGCUGAAGAUUAACCGGAUCCUAAACGGCUCGGGCCACAAGGGGCGGCAGAUCGGCAACCGCUGCGGCGUGAUCGGGCUCAUGUACGCCGGGCUAGAGAGCGGCAUGGUCGCGUGGAGGGAUACCGACGACGUGGUCAACAGCGUCGUGGCGGGGCUGGCCACCGGAGCGCUGUACAAGGCGGCGUCGGGGCCGAGGGCGGCGGCGCUGGCGGGGGCUCUCGGAGGCGUGGUCGUGGGGGCCGCUGUCGCUGGGAAACCCUACUUGAAACGAUACAUCCCGCUUUGAGCAGUUAAUUUUUGUUCUAGUAUUGGGGAUUUGAAUUUUGCAUUUCGUUUGGUCUUUUCGUGAUCUUCAAUUAAUUAAUUGAUGGUUUAAUGUUGUUUUAGAGGUGCAAUUUUGAUAGUCAUUAAGCUAUAUCUGGUGCUGAAAUUUGAGUCUUUGGCAUAAAAGGGGCACACUUUUUUCUCUGUAGUGAGAGUAUAUGAUAUCUAUGUUUUAUCUCUUUGGAUGUAAUCUAUCUAGCCUUGUAGGAUGAGAAAUCAGGUUCCUGAAUAAUGCCCAGGAAACAUUGGCUACUGCUAUCCUUAAUAUUCCUUAAUAUUCAUUUUCAUAUAUAGUUGUUUACUCUUUUUUU